GUGCAUCACGUGUUAAUGUAUCAUUGGGGCUCGAAUUGACUUCCUGAACUAGCUCGCAGGCUUCGCCCCAUUUGUGUGUAAAGAUUAUAAAAGAUAGAAAAAUAGGAACAUAGACAAUCCGAAUGACAAAAAUAAUAAUCUGAACGUGUAUAUAAAAAAAAUACGGAUCCAGGAGGAUGUCAACAAUCUUCCAGGUGUUGUCAGAGAAGUGUGCAUUAGGCAGGAAAAGCUGUUCCCAUUUAUGCCUGAAUUUUGUUUUUCCCGCUGCUACUCUUCCAGUCUUCAAGCCGGAGGAGCUGCGCCAGGCUCUGAUGCCGACCCUGGAGGCUCUGUACCGGCAGGACCCCGAGUCCCUGCCCUUCCGCCAGCCGGUGGACCCCCAGUUACUGGGAAUACCCGUACGUAUUCGAACUAGUAACAAAACUAACCUGCAGGACUACUUUGACAUCGUGAAAAGCCCCAUGGACCUGUCGACCAUCAAGAGGAAGCUGGACACGGGGCAGUACCAGGAGCCGUGGCAGUACGUGGACGACAUCUGGCUGAUGUUCAACAACGCCUGGCUGUACAACCGCAAGACGUCGCGCGUCUACAAGUACUGCUCCAAACUGGCCGAGGUGUUCGAGUCCGAGAUCGACCUCGUCAUGCAGGGCCUCGGGUACUGCUGCGGGAGGAAGUUUGAGUUUUCCCCCCAAACUCUGUGCUGCUAUGGAAAACAAUUAUGCACCAUCCAACGAGACGUUGCCUAUUUCAGCUACCAGAACAGGUAAGGGCUUUCGGCGCAUUGGAAACACAUAGCCUUUUUAUUUGGUUUUUAGAAAAUAUGAUGGACACCUUGCUUUUGUAUUUCUGCACAUUGUGUAUUGUAUUUCCUGUAUGCAACCAGUGCAAUCACAGAGGAGUUUUAAUUUGGCUUCAAAUGGUUACCCUGGCACCAACUUCCAUCUUCAUAGCUCACCGUUUUAUUAAUUCCAUUAUGUGUUCAUUCAUAAAGUGGGCUCCUGUCUUCCUAAGCACUCACUGACUAACUCUUCAAGCACAACUCUUGCAUUUGUCUAUGAUAAAUAACUGCAGAAGGAAGUGUUGCGUCUAUGUUCACCACCAGAAGAACGGUUCCCACUUUAUGAAUGAGCUGAAGGAUGAUGGGUCUCUGUUGCUUUACCGUUU